GAACUAAAAUCUGCUACAUAUUUCUGCUAAUGCAGACUGACAACUGACAGCGCACAAAGAAAAGUUGCAAGUUUAGCUACAAGUACUAAACAUUUCAAUUAACAUUUAAAUUUGUUUCGCUUGUCAUAAAUCUCAAAGCGCCCGUCGUGCAGACAAAGCGUCGUAAAUAACUCAAAAGUAUACAGAGCAUACGCUUUAAAGACUCAACUAAGUAGGAGAAUGACGGAAAUGAAUGCAACAAAAAGAACAACAGUAGCUGCCGCCGCUGCUGCUGUGGAUUUAACUGAGACGUCGCCGUCAGCGUCAGUUACAGCGCCGACGCUUGCGAGAACAACAACAACAACGGGCAUGCCGCGACAAAGAACCUUGAUGCGUGCUCCGGAAAUGGACGCUGAUACAGAUGAUGGUGAGGUGGAUGCUGAUGUUGAUCCGGUUGCCAUAGCCGUUGCUGCGCCCGACGGCGAGGCUGAUGGCGAUGAUACGGCGGACAGCAUUACGCUGGAGUUGGCGUUCUCCGGCAAUACGCCUACGCCGCCGCUGCAGGCUGAGACCAGCGAGGAUAUCGCGGAGCUGGACAACAGCAAGCCCUUCAAGGUCAAGGAUAUAACGCGCAACAUACGCAAGGCAGUGGUGGCCAACUCUUUGGCCGAGCUGCGUCUUAAAGUGACGGCAAAAUUUCAACGCACCCAACCUGCCAUACACCUGGACUGCGAUGGCACUGAAAUUGAUGACGAGGAAUAUUUCUCCACCCUGGAGCCAAAUGCUGAAUUAAUUGCCGUUUUUCCCGGCGAACAGUGGCGCGAUCCCAGCGAUUACAAUGCCAACAUGCGUCGCAGCUCGUUGGAUGCGCAGCGUUUACGCAAAUUGGUGGGCAAACUGCAGCAGAAUUUAAUAAAUGAUGCCGACUUGGAUACGCUUUCGAAUAUGGAUCCCAACUCGCUGGUGGAUAUAACAGGACGUGAGCUCAAGGACAGCGACUAUUGCAUACAGAGCGAAGCAGCGCGACGCUCCACUGAAUUAUCCUGUUAAUCUACCCACACCAGCACACACACACAUACACACCUAUAACUACACACCUAUUCACAUAGAUAUGAGAAACGUCGCUUAUGAUAGAUUUGUAAGGCAUUUGUAAGAGUUUUCUAUGAGCUGUGCUGACUCUAUAAAGAAUUGGAUAUUUUUGGAGCAUGUUUUGAAGAGCGCCUAAUCGAAGCCGAGCGACGAUUUAGACAGUUUAUAUAUGUAUAAUGUAAUUAAAUGUAAAUAGCUGUUGUGUAUUGCCAACACACACACACUACCUAGACCAAACAUAGACCAACAACUAUAGUUUAACUACUAGUACAAGUUACCAAGCCAACAAUCGACUAUCAACGAAAUGUAGCUGCUUCUGUAUAUAUAUAUAGUGAAUAUAUAUUUAACAAUCUAUAUGUUUUCGACUAUUUAAACUAUGCACGGCGUUGUAGCUUAAACUUUUUGACAAUGUGGCAACGAAAAAUAACACACACAUCAAUUUUGAAUUUUGAAUGUAUUUAAUGUGCAAACGAAUUGACACUGGCAUACAGUGCAUACUUUAAUUAAUUGCUGUUGAAUAAUUUGCACGCAAACACCUAAAAGAAUGCCAUAGAAAUUAAUUUUAAAUAAUUAAGUUUGCACUUUAUUUCCCAUUUCCAUUCAUGCUCAACACAAUUGAAGAAAUAUGCACACACACAGAUAUGAACAAAACAAAUACAUAAAUCGAGCUACUAUUGUGUGCACAUUUUACAACAAUAAAGAAAUUACCACGUAGAUCGAUGUAAAUGCAAUUUGUAACUCGGCACAAGCGAAACCCAUUUCUUUUAUUUGUUACUGUGUGU